AUGGAAGAGAAGAAGAAAGAGGUGAAAUCAGCAGAGCAGCUUGCAGAAGCCUUACUAGAAUUUCAAAUUGAGACAAAAGAAGCAGCAGUUGAUCGGGUUUUGUUUGAUCUGAAACAAGUGGAAAAAAAGAACGAAGAAUAUCACAAAAGGAAUGACCUCCUGAAGGAAGAACAGCAGGCACACAUCAGGCACAUACUAAGACAAAUAGAAGAAGAGAGGAAAGAACAAGAUGAAAAGGAGGUUGUAACUAGGGAUGAUGUGGAAGGGUCACUGAAAGAAAUAUGUCAGUACGUAAGGGACAAAGAACGACUUCUGAAAGAUCUGCACUCCCAGAUUGAAGAGAUUGACCAAAGGCUUUCAGCAAAGGAGGGUGAGAGGGAUUACUGGUUGAAGUACAAAAAUUUAGGCAGUAAAACACAGGCCAACAAGAUUAUGAAGCUGGAAAAAGACAUCAAGGAAGUCAAAGAUGACCUUCACAGGGCUUCAGAAUAUUAUAAAAAUGCUUGGAAAGCAGUGAAGGAAGAAAAUGACAGACUGGUUGAGAUGCACAUGAAGUUGAGUAAGGAACAGGCCUAUGAGAGUGCUGUAAGAUACUUGGACAAAAAGAGUCAGAGAGUAAUCGAAGAGAAUGAAUGGCUAAAAAAAGAGGUUAAGAUGUACCAGAAGGAAGUGGGUGAUUUAGAAGCCUCUAUUCAGCUCCUGGAAGAAGAAAAUGUUGCUUUAGUGGCAAAACUGAUUGAUGGCAGACUGCAGAAACUGCAAGUGCCCAGGCAUUUGUUUCCUACCCAGGCAGCUGGCUUGCAAGAUGGAUUUCCUGAGGAUGAAAUGAAAGAAGGAGAGUAUAGAGAGUCUGCAGUGCAAGCAGGGGGAGAUGAAAGCCUCACAAGUGCCACAGUCCCCUGUCAGAAAAAUAAGGCCUUUGCAAAGAUUCAGUCUGAAACAGAGAAUGAGAAGCCUCCAGACAGUGAUGAGGAGCUGCGGGAAAUGUCUUUCACGCCAACUCUUGGUAGCUUGUUGCAUGAAGAUCAAAAAGAUUUCCAGGAAUACUUAAAAGAGGGUCCUCUGGAGACACAGCUGAUGUGUGUGGUUGGAAGAGCCAUGCCUAUUCAUAAAGAACCAGAAGAAAUGCCAAGCAGGAGCCACAAAGAAGAUGGCACUAUUGGUAAAUCAGACGGGCACAUCACAGCUCAGAUGAUCAGGGCCUUAUCUCAAGAAAAGGUUGGUUAA